AUGCAUAUAUUGCGACGCAACUUCUCGCAAACAGGCAGCAAUUGCGAAGAAGACGACGACAUCAACCUUGAUUGGAAUAUUGGCCAGGAAGACGACCUUAAAGAAAAUUUAAAACCGUCUGAGCAACUUGCCGUGGAACAAAUAUGUAUUCCAGAUAAGCAAUUUGCUGAGACCGAAAAAGUAGCAGAAAAACAGGUUAGCACUGUACUCCUUUAUGACAUCCCAAUAGUAUCACUUUAUAUCGAAGGUCAAGAGCGGUUGUGUUUAGCCCAGAUAUCUAACACUUUGCUCAAACAGUAUAGUUAUAAUGAAAUUCAUAACCGUCGAGUCGCACUUGGUAUUACUUGCGUUCAAUGUACUCCGGUACAGUUGGAAAUAUUGCGACGUGCUGGGGCAAUGCCAAUUAGUUCUCGUCGUUGCGGCAUGAUAACAAGGCGUGAAGCGGAACGUUUAUGUAAAAGCUUCUUAGGUGAUAAUGCACCGCCUAGACUACCUGAAGAUUUUGCUUUUACUGUGUAUCAUAAGUGCGCUUGGGGUUGCCGCGGUUCAUUUUUACCAUCUCGUUACAACUCCUCCCGAGCGAAAUGUAUAAAAUGUUUUUAUUGUGGCAUGUUCUUUUCGCCAAACAAGUUUAUUUUCCAUUCUCACCGAAUCACUGCAGGUGACAAAUAUGUUCAGCCCGAUGCGGCAAAUUUCAAUUCAUGGCGUCGUCAUAUGCUCCUUAACGGUCAUCCCCCUGAAGAAAUUGUCCAUGCAUGGGAGGACGUUAAAGCAAUGUUUAACGGUGGUACACGUAAACGUCUCAUGAGUCACAAUUCUUCGACAUCACAAACAACAUCAACUACCCAAAGACAUGAGCAGCAAGAUAAGUUACAACAUAGUAUAAAUGUUCCAGGAUCGGCCACAGCUUCCUACACUGGUACUUUGAACGAAAAUGGCAGGGAUGAAACCAUUAUGACAGUAGCAAAAGCUUCUGAUAAUCAAUAUUCUUUCAAUGAUAUUGAUUUAUCUUUGCGUCAUAACAGUAGUUAUUUGACGUCUCAUAACCCUUCACCAGAGUCAACAAAACGACAAUGUAAUCAGGUUGAAAAGAAUAUUAGUACAGUAACAGGUGCGGCUAUGAUUGGUGUCAAGGCCGUUGCAGCAGCGGUAGGUGCCGUACGACCGACGAACAUUGGAAGCGCAACGCCACAUAGUGUUUCAUAUCAAGGGAGAACUAGUAGUGUUUCUACAUUGCAACUAAGCGAAGGUAAUGACCAUGAAAUUCCCCUAUCACGAAAUUUUAUGAUGGAUUACAUGUGGCAUGCACACUCUGCUCAAAAAUCGAACGCAUCUGGCUACAAAAACCGAAAUUAUAAUAAUGGUUAUAAUAUUACAGUGAGCCCAUUCGGGCUUACGGAUUAUGCAAUGCAUUGGUUAAGGACUCCGUCGAUUAGCAGCAAUAAAGAAUUUUUCACUCAACUUCCACUUAUGUCUAUGACGGGAAGUGAGAGAAGAGAUCGUGAUGAAGGUGGUACUGCUCUCAUCCGAAGAUAUGAUAACAAUGAAUUUUGUCAACCACUGAAAUAUAGUACUUGGAAACCAAAUACUAAUAUGGCUACGGAAAAUGGCAGUUGCUUUUCAAAUUCUGGUCAGGAAUUAGGCAAUCGAAAUAAAUUAGUUGAUGCAAGCACAUCUUUCAUUCCGCAAUUUGUCACGUCGUCGGCAUUCAAACCAGUUUGUCAACCAAGUAAACCAAAAUUUUUCAACGCUGUUGCAUCGGUAACGGUAGCUUCGGCAACUACUGAUUUAGCUACGACAUCUGUUAACUCUACCGCUACAAUAUCAACGAGUGCUCAAGCUACACACAAAACAAAUCACUCUAAAAUAUAUUUCAGCAAUUUACCAACAGAAAAUACGUUGCCACUAAUUGCCGAUCCUCCUUUACUGCAUAAUACUAGUAUAACAAGUGCAGGUACAACGGAAGCAGGAUGUAAUACCGCACCUCUUGCUUUGGCCGUUCAUGCUAACUUUCGUUCCUCAGCAUCAAAUACUUUGCAAUUUCGUGGUCCUUUAUCUCAAAACCAUUCUCAAGCAACAGUUGACAUACCACCUCAUUCGCCAUUUAGAGCAUCUCCUUUAGGUCAGUGCGAUUUGAAACAUUGUGAUCGUGAUGUAAAAGGCUCUUAUGCAGGUGAUUCACAUUCUUCAAGUGACGAAAAUAGCAACAACAACACUAUUGACGAUGAUGAAAUGGUUGACAUUGAAACGACAGAAGAUGAUUUCCAACCCAGCAAAAUCUUUAAAAUUGCCCUUAAUGUGGCAUCAUGUCACCAUCAGCCUGAUGAUAUUAACCUUGUAGCAUUACAUAAUAACCCCCGUAAUCCCGAAAAGUCUGCUUUGGCGGCAGCAGAUCUCAUUUUGACCCGAUCAGUAUCUCCGGAUUAUUACAGAAAACACAAAAAUAGUUCAAAUGUACAACCACUACAUAUGCUUCAAAAUCAUGUGACAAACACUAAUAUCACUACAGAACCCGUUGCGUUUGAUAACAUCACUAAACAGGAUAUGGUCACAAAUAUAUAUACUAGUAAAAACAGCAACAAUCGAAAACUUGAGAAAAAUUGUGGACGGUUUUGCAAAUCCCCAGUGUAUAGUAGUACAUCGAAUGAUAGUUUUUACACGCCAUUGAAAGAUGAAAGUAUCAAUAACUCCAACAGAUCUAUUGAAAUCGUAAAGACCAACUGUAUCACUCACCAACACCAUACUUAUAAUGUGGGGACAUCUUUAGUAUGGAAGAAACUCUUGAGUUCAGAGGUAAGACUUACCGUUAUCAUUUACUGCUAA